AUGUCUAAUAAAGGACGUGGGGGUAAACGACGUGGCUUUAGAGGUGGACCUCCCGGAUUUGGAUCAAGAAACUUUACAAGUGAAUUGCAAGCGAUUUUACAGCAAACUCUUUCAAAUGAUCAUUCAAAGGGUAUAGAAUUACAAGACCCAGAAGAACCUACAGAAGAUGAACAACUUACGAAUAAUGCAUUAUGUGCAUACAAAGCAACACUCAAAGAUUCUGCUUUCUUCAUAUCAACACCGGAACCACCAGUCGAAAUUCAACGUUAUUCUGAUCAAUUCAAAAAGAAGAAAAUGCAGCAUUCUUUGCGAGAUGUCAAAACAGAUUUAUCAUUCUUUCCAUAUGAACUUCAUUGUGUUAAGGAUGAGUCAAUAAUAGCUACAUUUUCAAUGACAGGUAAUCCGAGAACUGUACAAUUUGAUUUGGAUGAAGCAUUUGGGAAUCUUAUGGCUCAAGAGGAUAAAGAACAAACCAAUAAAGUUGAUACAGGGACAGAGAAUGAAAUUGAUAAAUAUUUAGAGAUGGAUCAAUUUCUUCAAGAAGAAGAUGAAUAUGCUGAUGCUACAGAUUAUGUAGAAAAUUAUUUUGAUAAUGGUGAAGGAGACGAAUUAGAUGAAGAUGGAGGAGGUGGUGGCGAGGCUUAUUUUGACUAA